UGACGUACGAAGGGUGGAUCGGUGCUGCAAAAUCACGGCGUGUGCAACCCUUGUUUCGGGCAAAAUCCCAAAAUGUACGAUAGUGAAUAGUAUUGCCAUAAAUCUGGAUAAACGAUUGAACUGUAAUUCCUUUGCUUUAUUUCGAAUUCCCUUUUGGAAUAAGGCGCAUGCUCAGUCGUUUCCGUGGCUUAUUAAUUUUUAAUGGUAAUGGCUGCGUUUCUCAUCUAAACUCGAGCCGCAGAGGAAGACCUAUAAUAACGACUUCCCUUGGCUUCGGUUGAUGUAAACUGUCGUUUGGUGAAGCUUUUCAAAUCGAUCGCUCGUAAUCCACUUCGAAAAUGGACCGACUCUUGAUUUGAAUGAUGGAAGAUCUGUCAUUUUUGUGUUUAACCCUUUGCAUUCCAUGAUCAGCAAACAAUCGAGAAGAAAAUGAUGAGCCAGGUAGCCAACAAUGGGAGUGACUACUGCAUGAGUGGCAGGUCAUCCUGCCUGGCAGAAGAUGGCCACCACCCGUCCAAUCACUUCGACCUCUGCUCCGCCCAGUCCAACAAGUUCUACCCUCCACCCCCGCAUCCGCCCUCACUGCAGAUGACCCUAGCUCCCAUGCCCUUACCCCCCCAGAACCACCCCCACACCAAGCCCCUGCCCCCCCCGAAUCACCCCCACAGCAAGCCCAUGCCCUGCCAGAGGCAGGCGGGUGGGGGCGAACCGUGCCAGCCACCCGCUGGCAUCAAGAACGACAAAACCGACGACGCCAAGAAGAAGAAGGUGCCCGGGCGUUCCGGAAGGAGAGGCAGGCCAUCCGGGACCACCAAGUCCGCGGGCUACAGAACCAGCACCGGACGUCCUCUCGGUACAACCAAGGCUGCCGGGUUCAAGACCAGCCCGGGGAGACCGCUGGGUACCACCAAAGCGGCGGGCUACAAGGUCAGUCCAGGCCGCCCCCCGGGCAGCAUAAAGACCCUCUCCCGGCUCACCAAACUGGGCUACGGCCCCUGUAGCAGCACGGCAGCCUUUCCGUACGCUGUGCCACACAAGGGCAUCUGCACGCCCUCCUGCAAGGAGAAGGAGGCUAACGAGUAGAGCUCUCGCUGGUCUCUGUGCUUCUCUGGAGGAGGGAUUGUGUGCCGUAUACAGGUGGGAGUCAGAUGGCU